CCCAUCUUGUACUUGUCGUAACACUUAAAAAAGUGUUUGCUAAUUUCUAAAUUCCAAUACAAUAUCAUUUACCAAUGGCUGCUUCUUCCAAAGUUUGCUUUGUUCUAUCCUUGAUCCUAGCUUUAUCAUUUUCAAGCAUCAAGGUUUCUAACGCAGCUCGCUACCUUCUGCAGACGACGCCAGGAAUACCUACAAUGCCAUCGUUGCCCAAGUUGCCUCCAUUGCCUACCAUGCCAAGCUUCCCUACAGCCACAUUGCCACCAUUGCCAGCUACCCCUUUGCCCACAUUACCCACAAAUCUUCCAUCACUGCCAAAGCCCACAUUUCCGCCAUUGCCAAGCACUCAGCUUCCAACUUUGCCUUCCAUUCCAUCUAUUCCUACUACAAUUCCUACUUUACCUUUCCCCUCACCACCACCAUCAAGCUAGACAUUGAAAACGAAGCACUUCGAUUAUUUAUCAUCAUUUCUUUACUGGGAAGUCUCGAAAUCCAUGAAGAUUAGCGAUCAUUUCUUUUUUUUUUUUUU